AUGAAUACACCUUCUUCUGUUGUAUGGGGUUUUGUUGCCUUAACAUGCGCUGGAAUGGGUGCUUUGUACGUAUCUCGUAAAGAGUACAUGACUGAUAAAACUAAACGUUUGGAGGAAGCAAGACGAACUCAAGAGGGAUUCGAUGUCGCAAAGAAAGAGAGAGUUGUACAAUCAGAUGGUUACGCAUUAUUUGACGAAACAAAAUCAGAUCUAAAUAAGAAGCGAUAA